AUGCAUUGUCUGCUAUUUCUCCGUAUCGUGAGUGCUUUAGAGCAUCGAUACAAGUAUUUCAGGUUCAGGGAGGAUGCGGUUGGCAAACCCGGUCACACGCCCAUAAAGAAGUGGACUGCCGCAAUCAGGCAGCUGGCAUACGGAGGCGCGACCGACAUGUUCGACGAGUACCUCCACAUUGGCAAGUCGACAGCUCGUGAGUGUCUGCAGUAUUUUUGCGAGGGCAUUAGAGAGAUAUUCGGAGAAUGGUAUCUUUGGAAGCCCAACCCCGUAGACUGCCAUCAGCUAAUAGAUAUGCACGGGUCGGUGCACGGGUUUCCCGGGAUGUUGGGCAGCAUAGAUUGUAUGUAUUGGGAGUGGAAGAAUUGCUCUGACGCCUGGAAAGGGAUGUACACUACCGGCUUCAAAGGCAAGCAUCCCACGAUGAUCCUUGAAGCUGUAGCUGACUACUGA